AUGGCUGAGAAAUGUGACCACUGUGAGAUUCCGGCUAGUGACGACGGUGGUGGUCCAAGUAGAUAUCAUCCAAACUCAUCCGAUAUGAUUUCCAGCAAGUUCCCCGAGGGUUUGCGAGUGUUAGUCUUUGAUGAAGAUCCCCAAUAUCUACUGGAAUUGGAGAAAUAUCUCCAAGAGUCUCAAUACGAAGUGACUGGAUGCAACGACGAGAAGAAAGCUAUGUUUCUACUUUGCAACCAUAGGAAUAGGUUCGACGUCGCUAUCAUUGAAGCAAAAAAUUCAGACGGUGAAAUAUUCCGGUUAAUCUCGGAAAUUGGAUCUGAAUUGGAUCUUCCAAUCAUUAUAAUAUCUAAAGACGAUUCAGUGAAGUCGGUGAUCAAUUGGAUGAAGAACGGUGCUUGCGACUACCUUUUGAAACCUUUAAGACCCGAAGAUCUGCGGUUGAUGUUCAAAUACGUGGCAAAGAAGACACAAGUAAGGAGGAGUGUGGCGGUGGCCGGAGAGGCAGAAGAGAAAGCAGCGGCCGAGAAAUCGUCCUCAGUGGGGGAUUCCACCAUAAGAAACCCUAACAAGAGAAAAAGAGGCAUUUACCUUGAUGGGGAAACCGACGAGGACCAGAACGAUCAUGAUCGUGAUUCCACCACCAAGAAAAGGCGAGUAGUGUGGGACGAACAUCUUCACAGUAAGUUUAUGGAAGCUGUGGAAUACCUUGGCGCCGCAAAAGCUGUUCCGAAGAAAAUUUUAGAGAGGAUGAAUGUUGAUGGCAUCACUCGAGAAAACGUAGCCAGCCAUCUCCAGAAAUAUAGGCUAAAUCUGAAGAAGCAAAGUGAUCAUCAAAACGAGAGAGACGAAAAAAAUGUAUCUUUAAUAACUCAGCAAGAAGGGGGAAUUUAUGGAGAAGGAGCAAUCGACUUCUACGGAGGAAGAAAUAUCCAAUUCCCAACACAUCAUAUCAAUGACAUUCCUCAACUCUCGUCUUCUGUGCAGCUCAUAUCACCUCUCGAACAACAUCAUCAUCAUGAUGGAGUCUCUGUCGCGGUUUCCAGUAGAAACGUGGUGAUGAAUCACCAGCAUCACCAUCAAGCCUCAGGGUUCGCAAUUAUUGAAAAUACAGAAGAUAAUGCAGUUUAUAACGAAGACGACGACGCUGGGGUUGCAAACUUGACAUGCUGGUUCACACAAAACUCGGAAGAGAUGAGUUUGUUCCACUUGCAGGAGCCGGUGAUGCCGACUACGAUUCUUACCAACGAUAACCAUUUGUCAGCCAAUCCACAACAAAUGAUGAACAUUCAUGAAAUUCAUGAACCAUCCAUGUUGCAUAUACCUUCGUUUCCUUCAUCUUUCACGCAUAGUCUUGAUCAGCAAGAAACCAUGACGAUGGUGGAUGUAAGUGGAGGUUUCGACUACAACAAUGGUUACUCCGUGAACAGCAACAGGUUAACCUAA